AUGUGGGAAGAUCUUGUAAUUAAAGCGAAAAAUGGGGGCUUAGAUGUCGUUGAUACUUAUGUGUUUUGGAAUGUUCAUGAGCCUUCCCCUGGCACUUAUGGUUUCAGUGGAAGAUAUGAUAUUGUAAGGUUUAUAAAGACAGUAGCAGGAAAUGGAGUUUAUGUGAAUUUACGCAUUGGACCUUAUGUUUGUGCUGAAUGGAAUUUCGGGGGUUUUCCUGUAUGGUUAAAAUAUGUUACUGGUAUCAGCUUCAGAAUAGACAAUGAGCCAUUUAAGGCAGCUAUGCAAGGAUUCACACAGAAAAUAGUUGGGAUGCUGAAGGCUGAAAACCUGUUUGAAUCACAAGGAGGUCCAAUCAUCCUCUCACAGUUUGAAAAUGAGUAUGGUGCACAAGGGAAGUCAUUUGGAGCAUCCGGAAAAGCGUACAUAAAUUGGGCUGCAAAAAUGGCAGUUGAACUGAACACUAGAGUCCCAAUGUGGAGCCAUCAGCCGUAG